AUUCAUGGCACACGCAUUGCACACCACACAUAUGUGUAUACAAUAUACACACACACACACUUAUCAUCAUUCAUCGUAUUGGAUUAAUCAUUAUACGUUUUACGGUUUUAAUGUCUUUUCUUGUUUGCAUUUUGUUCUGAUCGAGUCGUGCCGUCGCAAUUUUCUAAUAUUUUCAUUGUCACCACUGUUUGGAUGUCGACUUGAAUGCGUUUUUUUCAAAUCUUCCAAGAUUCCUACCGUUUCGUGCUCGUCCCAUAUAUUAAUAUAAUAAUUUUUUAUUCGCACGUUCUCCACACUUACCAAAUAAUAUUAUUAUCUGUUGUAAACGCUGGUGGCGACAUCGCAACACUUGAGGACAUGACUGUAUUAUCUAAGAAAAAAACUCAGGCCAUUUCCGAAGAAGGCGAACAGUCUUCCAGCAGCCACGUGCACAAUUUGCCUUUGUCUAAUAUCCAAGCUCAUCCGCAGAUUAAUACAUUAGAAGAAAGAAUCAAUUCUCCUCAAAGAUGGCCAGUUGAUAAUAUUGAAAAUGUUUUGAGUACAAACAAACAAUCAAAACGCAGAAUACAUCGAAGUCCUCAUAGUACAAGGAAUAAUAAUAAAGGACGGGAAAGAGAAAACAGAUCAACCCCAAACCAGGGAAACUGUCAUUGUGGGACUUCAGAUGCCAGUGGUCAAUGUGAUAUAAAUGUUUGUGGAUACAAUAGUGAAGAUGAAUAUGGAGAAGUGUCGAAGAACAGUAAUGAUAUAGAGUGGGUCGAGCAAGACCGUUUAUUUGAAAAGAAAUUGAAAAAACGCGGUUUGAUUUUAAAACAAAUGAAAGAAGACGGAGCAUGUUUGUUUAGAGCUGUUUCUGAUCAAUUAUUUGGCGAUCAAGACAUGCAUGACAUAGUACGAAAACAAUGCAUGGAUUAUGUGGCGAGCAAUCGAGAUUAUUAUACACAAUAUGUUACUGAGGACUUUAACACGUAUAUAGCUCGCAAACGGCUAGAUUGUACACACGGUAACCACGUGGAAAUACACGCAAUGUCAGAGUUGUAUAAUCGUCCAAUUGAAGUUUACUGUUACGGCAUUGAACCAAUAAAUAUAUUCCACGGAACUAAUACAUCCGAAUCCUCAAACCCUCCUAUAAGAUUGUCUUAUCAGAGAGGCAGUCACUAUAAUAGUAUUGUAGAUCCUUUUAAAGCGACUAUCGGAGUAGGACUAGGCUUACCUAAUUUUUCACCAGGCUCGGCCGAUAAGAAAUUGUUGACCGAUGCUGUACGCCAAAGUGAAGAUUAUAUGCUAGAACAAACCAUGUUGGAAGAUAAACUCAGAGCAACAGAUUGGGAAGCUACAAAUGAUACAAUCGAAGAACAAAUUGCCCGGGAAAGUUAUUUACAAUGGUUAAAAGACAACGAAAAAAGAAAUAAAAGUGAUAAAGAAAAAUCAGCAACGUCAACUGCAACAUCUGCAUCGUUAGUUGAAGCCUAUCAACCUCGAACUUCACCUCCAAGGUUUACCGUUGGACCCAAAACGCCUCCUACAUCACCCGCUCAUCAUUGCUCAACGUCUGAAAAUGCGUCAUUAAUGGGAUUACCUCCUCAUGUCUUUGGUAUGUCAAAAUGGGAAGACAUUGGAAUUUUAACUCAAGUUUUGGCAACAUCGCAACAAGAAUACCUGGACAGCUUGAAGAGACAACACGACGAACAUAAAGAGGAUGGUGAUAAAUAUAACAAAAUAUAUGAUUUAGACAAGCCAUCAACUUCUCAAUAAACUUUGAUGAGAUGAUUUUUGUAUACUAGAUGCGUAUUAAUUUAAAUGAAGAAUGUUAAAAUAUAAUUAAAGACCACAAUCUAUCUUUUCUUAUCUUCAAUGUUUGUUUUAAAUUUAAUUUUACUAAAUCUCAUUUAUUUUUAUAAUACAUUAUAUACAGAUAUAUAUAUAUAUAUAUAUUAGGCUAUAACUUAUAAAAUAUUUAAGCGGAAAUAGCCUCCAUAAUCUUCUCCACAAAAUUAUACUUCAUCUACUGCCAUUCUAAGUAGCAAUGUUACAAGUCAACAAACGAUACCAAUAUAAACCUAUGAAUUUGUUUACUUUUUAUAUAUUUAUCUAAUAGAACAAUAAAAUGUUUAAAAUCAAAACAUAAUACCCCCGUUUUUUGCUUAUGUAUAAACUGUACGGUACGAGUAACCAUUAUUGACUAAUAAAUAAUAGUUUAGAUUAAGAUAAUUUAUAAAAUCAGCAGUAUUUUCAAUAC